AUGGAGAAAAGGGAGGGUGGCUUGCGGUGGUGGUCAUGGGGGAAUGAUGGAGAAGAAAAUGGGUGGUUGCGGCGGUUAUGGGUUCGUGUGGGGAGGGGGGGGUGUUUGUCUGUGGGUUCUGGGUUCGUUGGGGGGUGGGUCUGUGAAGGGGAAUGGGGAGGAGCUCGAAUGAGGGGGAGAGAGAGAGAGAGAGAGACCACGCACAAGAUUGUUGUGUUCAAAUUCGUGGGAUGCGAGGAAGGGUGGCUUGUGGUGGUGGUCAUAGGGGAAUGGGGGAGAAGAAAACGGUGGUUCAUGGGGGGUGGGUCUGUGGGUUAUUUGAGGGGUGGUAGUCAUGGGGGAAUCGGGAAGGGAGGUGGGGGGAUUGGUGGUCCUAGAAGGAUAGGCGUCUGCAUUGCACGGGAGAGAAAUGAUGAAGAAUAUGCCAAGGAGUUAUACUCACUGGUCACUGUUACAGAGGUCCCUCCAGAGGGAUUUACUAGUUUGGGCACCAAGGUGAUCGACGAAGAAGACUGGACUGAACUAGUUUAA